AUGGCCUCGGCACUGAGCUAUGUCUCCAAGUUCAAGUCCUUCGUGAUCUUGUUCCUCACCCCGAUCCUGCUGCUGCCACUCAUCAUUCUGAUGCCCGCCAAGUUUGUCAGGUGUGCCUACAUCAUCAUCGUCAUGGCCGUUUACUGGUGCACAGAAGUCAUCCCUCUGGCUGUCACUGCCCUCCUGCCUGCCUUGCUUUUCCCACUCUUCAAGAUUCUGGACUCUAAGCAGGUGAGCAUCCAGUACAUGAAGGAUACCAACAUGCUGUUCCUUGGCGGCCUCAUCGUGGCUGUGGCCGUGGAGCACUGGAAGCUGCACAAGAGGAUUGCCCUGCGCACGCUCCUCUGGGUGGGGACCAAGCCUGCACAGCUGAUGCUGGGCUUUAUGGGCGCCACGGCCUUUCUCUCCAUGUGGAUCAGCAACACGGCCACCACGGCCAUGAUGGUGCCCAUCGUGGAGGCCGUGCUGCAGCAGAUGGAGGCCACGAGUGCAGCCACCGAGGCCAGCCUGGGGACCCUGGAGCUGGCAGAAAAGGGCAAGGCCGGCAAGCUGCCAGGGAACCAAGCGACUUUGGAAGGUCCCUCUGUGAAGCAGCAGGAGGUCAACAGGAAGAACGUGUGCAAGGCCAUGACCCUGUGCAUAUGUUACUCGGCCAGCAUCGGAGGCACCGCCACCCUGACCGGGACGGGACCCAACGUGGUGCUCCUGGGCCAGAUGCAAGAGUUGUUUCCAGACAGCAAAGAUGUCGUGAACUUCGCCUCCUGGUUCGGAUUCGCCUUCCCCAACAUGCUGAUCAUGCUCCUGCUCUCCUGGUUGUGGCUCCGCUUCAUGUACAUGAGAUUCGAUCUGUCCUGGGGCUGCAGCCUGGAAAAGAAGAACGAGGAGAAGUCUGCCCACGAGGUGCUGUGGGCAGAGUACAGGAAGCUGGGGCCCCUUUCCUUCGCUGAGAUCAACGUCCUGCUCUGCUUCUUUCUGCUGGUUGGCCUCUGGUUCACCCGGGACCCCGGCUUCAUGCCCGGCUGGGUGUCGAUCGCCUGGGCAGAGGGAAAGACAAAGUACGCCUCUGAUGCCACUGUGGCCAUCUUUGUGGCCAUCUUGCUAUUCGUCAUGCCUUCACAGAGGCCCAAGUUCAACUUCUGCAGCCAGACUGAGGAAGAAAGGAAAACUCCAUUCUAUCCACCCCCACUGCUGAAUUGGAAGGUGGCCCAGGAGAAAGUGCCCUGGGGGAUCGUGCUUCUCCUGGGGGGCGGCUUCGCUGUGGCUAAAGGAUGCGAGGCUUCAGGGCUGUCAGAAUGGAUGGGGAAGCAGAUGGAGCCCUUGCACACUGUGUCCCCGACAGCCAUCACCUUGAUCAUGUCCUCACUCAUUGCUGUGCUCACCGAGUGCACAAGCAACGUGGCCACCACCACCCUGUUCCUGCCCAUCUUCGCCUCCAUGUCACGUUCCAUUGGUCUCAACCCGCUGUACAUCAUGAUCCCCUGUACGCUGAGUUCAUCCUUCGCCUUCAUGUUGCCCGUGGCCACCCCGCCUAACGCCAUCGUGUUUUCCUAUGGACACCUCAAGGUUUCCGACAUGAUGAAAACAGGACUAAUAAUGAACGUCAUUGGAAUCACCUGUGUAUUCCUGGCCAUCAACACCUGGGGACGGGUCAUAUUUGACUUGGACCAAUUCCCGGACUGGGCUAAUGUGACAGCACAUUGA